GUCCGUGUCAGACUCUGAUCCGCAGCUUCUCCCGAGUUAUGGACGUUUUCUCCGGUUCGCUCCUCGCGUGAAGUCUGAACCUCAUCUCCGUCUCGUGUGAUAGAAUAUGAAUUCUCACGUGAUCACCCCUGGACCGUACCGAGCCACCAAACUGUGGAAUGAAGUCACCCGCCUGUUUCGGUCUGGCAUGCCCCUCAAGAAGCACCGGCAGAACUUUCGGCACCACGCCUCCUGCUUCACCGCCUCCGCCGCCGUGGACUGGCUGCACCAGCUGCUCCGUAGCAACAGCAAUUUUGGCCCAGACGUCACCAGGCAACAGACGGUGCAGCUCCUGAAGAAGUUCCUGAAGAACCACGUGAUCGAGGACGUGAAGGGUCGCUGGGGCACCGAGGACCUGGAGGACAGCGGCUCGCUGUACAGAUUCCCCUCCACCUCUCCUCUAAAGCCGAUUCCCCGCCCGGCUCCAACCUCCAGCUCCAUAAGGAAAAGACCUUCACUCAGGGACAAGGACGGUUUCUUCAGGUUCAGGAGUUUAAAGAAGCACGAGAAGGAGACACAGGAAAAUGUGGAUCCUGCUCUCCAGACAGGGGAAGAGAAUCAUCCAGACCAGCAGCUGCAUAGACGAGAGCUGACAGUGGAGGACGAACAGGACAUCUGGAGAGACAUCACCCUAACCCACCUGCAGAGGAUUCUGGGACUUGCGUCUCUUGAGGAGGUUUUAAACCAGCGUUCUAUAAACCCCCACAACAUCAUCCACAAUAUGACCAAAGUCAACAAGCACGGAGUCGUCACACUGGACGACAAGACCGAUGACCUUCCACACUGGGUCUUGUCUGCCAUGAAGAGCUUGGCCAACUGGCCAAAGUACGACAGCGCACAGCCGUCCUACCCCGGCUUCGAGAGGGACGUCUUCAAAACAGUGUCCGAUUACUUCUACAGCCUCCCGCAGCCGCUGCUCACAUACGAACUGUACGAACUGUUUAUCAACGUCCUGGUGUUCUGUGGGUACGUCACAGCACCCCCUACGUACCAACGCGGGAAACGCAAGAAGUCUGACCUCCCUUCGGUACCGCCUCCAGCCAAGGCAUCGUUUCGCUCCACCGAGUGUCUCCUCCUGUCACUUCUCCGACAGGGCACGUGUGACGAGGGCGAGUCGCCCAUGACGGACGUGCUCGGCGGGAAGCUUCAGUCGCGGAUGGCGGCGCUAAAGGGCAGCGGCGCUGGCAACCCUCAGUUUGGAGGCAGCUGCACGAGCCUGAGUACAUUCGUUUCCACGAGACCUCAAACCAGGAGCGGCUCGCUGGAAACCAUCCUCAGUGACUCCGCCCCUCUCACCCGGCAACAGCUGUUCCUGUCCAAUGAAAGCCUGGCGUCCUGCAGCCUCAGCAGGAGCCACAGUGACAGCUCGGCCAUCGCGUCGCCCCAGAGUGACUUUACACCCGUGACCAAAGCAACCCCUGUCGCACGCGAACCUGCUGCAGGAGUUAGAGGAAGGAACAGACUGUCAGUCGCUCAGAGGCUGAAUCCCCUGCGGCCGCGCAGCGUAGGCAGCUGUCUAGAUAUUGUUAUAGAAACCAGGGAGGAGGAGGACAAGGAGACCAAGUGGCAGGGCCGAGCCGCCAGCUGCCUCAAUGUAAACGCUCCUUCAGACCUGCAGCACUUCUCCGCAGCUUCACGCCCUUCCUUAUCCUCCUUUCAUCCCUCCUCAUCCUCCUGUCAUCCCUCCUCAUCCUCCCUACAUCCUUCCUCCUGUUCUUUCGAUCCUUUCUCCUCCCUCUCUUCAACUGCUGUGGGCCGAGCACAAGAGGCUCAUGCUACUGCAGGACUGGGCGGGCCCAGACCCGGCGGGCCCAGACCCGCCUCCAGUACCUCUAAUCUCUGGAUGCCUCCUGCCCCCGCUGCCGUCCGGCGCUGCCUCAGCUCUCUGGACGUGUCCAAGCCGCCUCGACCUGUUUCACUGUUCAAACGUCCUGUCUGUGUGCCCGCCAGCAGCUCCCAUCCCCCGCAACCCAAACCCGAGCACAGCCUUCUCCAGUCUCACUGUGAGCGCGUGGCCAUCGAGGCCCUGCAGCUCUGCACCCUCCUCCUCCCCCCCACCUCCCGCAGGAAGUUGCAGCUCCUCAUGAGGAUGAUGUCGCGCAUCAGCCAGAACGUGGACAUGCCGCGCCUCCACCCGGCCAUCGGCACCCGGACACUGAUGGUUCACACGUUUUCCGGCUGUGUGCUGGGCAGCGCUGAGGAGUGUGAUUUGGACGAACUGUUGGCCACCAGACUGGUUUCGUUUCUAAUGGACCAUCAACAGAGCAUCCUGUCUGUCCCCGACUACCUGCUCGGCGCCAUCAGUGACCACGUGCAGUACCUCCGCACAGCCCAGGUCCCCAUCGACACUGGCUUUAAUGUGGACAGCAGCGAUGUGGUCAGCAUCCCGGUGCCUGUGUUCGCGUUCUGCCGUCAGAUCAGCGGAGCCGAGUUCGAGCAGCAGAAGCAGGCGUCGUCCCGGAAGGCCAUGGAGGACUUACUGGAGAUCCUGCUGACGGACCAGAACAUCAGUGAGAAGGACAGACGCAAGAAACUGAAGCAGUUCCAGAAGCAGUACCCAGACAUCUACAGUCACCGGUGCCCCGCCUCCGGCCGCGAGAACAAGGCCGACAACAAGCCAAAGAUGAAACCUGCCCUGCUCAACAUCAAGAAAACCAAACCUUUCAGCAUCCGGAACUAAAUUUUACCAGGAGUCAGCAGCGUAGGAAGGUGACGGUCAACACGACGGUUGAGCUGCACGAGAACUGAACUGAAGCUGAACUGCUGAGAGACGAUGGAGACCCCCCCCCCCCCCCCUCCUCUGAGCAGCCGUUAACUGUCUGUCGUUACAUUGGAACUCCGUUAGUGUUGUUGGGUCUCAGCUAUGUGGCUGGAGGAGAAUCUACAAAGGUGUGUGCGUGUGUGUUCAGUGUGUGGGUGUCCUCAGUAUAUGUGUGUGUGUGUUCAGUGUUCAGUAUGUGUGUGUUCAGUGUUUCUGUGAUCAGUGUACAUUUUGGGAAAAAUAUACAAGUCUGGGAUCACUGGUACACGUGGGAAAACCUAGACUAUAGAUUAAUUUAUAUGAUGAUGUCAUUGUGACCAGCGCUAACGUAUGAAGUGUAUUUUUGUCGUAUUUACACCAAACAUAGAUCCUCAAGUUUUAUCUGAAAUGCUUGUUAGACUCUUAACAUCGUUUUUUCUCUCAGAUUUGAUUUGUCGCUCUUAUCUUUCGCUUCCUACGGUUUAGUUUUUCUAUUCUUACUUUAAUGUCCUUGUAUGUUUUUAGCAAUUAUAGAAUUUUAAAGUUGUACCACAAAAGGGAUUUUUUUAGAUUUUCAAAUUCUCCCAUUCUUGAUUAUUUUUACAUCUCUCUCCCCCUCGCUCAUUUUGUUUAGUAUUUCCGUGUCUGGUCUGGAGUACGUCCCGGAUUCUGUUUAUUGGACAGAGCGAUGUUUUGCACUGGGUUUGUGUUGUGAAAUGACCAGUGAGCUAAUGUCAAUCAUCAGAACGGUUAAUUUAUACAUAUUUAAUGGCUGAUAGACUCCUUAAAGACGGCCUUGAGCUGUAUGUGCUGCUCAUAAUGAGCGGAGCUGAUGUCGAUUGGGUUUUAAUUCGUCAAGUGUCUGAGGAAAAGACUCAAAAGGUUUAGUUUUUAUUUCUCUUACUCUAUAUGAAGUAUUUGUACGACCCUGGUACGUGUUUGUCUUUACCUCAGAUGUAACCAUGUACACACUCGUCAGUGUUUUUGAUGAAGACCUUUUACAGAGGAUUCGUAUGUUUUACUCUUCCUCAUUGUUUACUAUGCAAAGUCUUUGGAAAUAAACCUGUUUCUAUUUAA